AUGUUCAUUCCCAGAGCGCUCAGGCUCAAGGGCGUCCGCGAGAAGCCGCGGCCCAAGCCUGCCCAAGCUCCCUCUAAAGCGCCAGCUGAAGGCGACCAAGACGAUGCGCUGGUCGAGGCGAUGCAGAAGACAAGAACCAGCUCACCUACUGACCAGCCAGAACAGACUGACCUCAAAGCCUCCAAGCCUGGUCCAAGAUUUACUACCAAGCCUGUCACGCCAGAGUACAUAGGCCAGCUUGCUGCUGGCAUCGAGCUCAUCUUCACCGACUAUGCCCACCAGGAAGAGCAGCGGGCCAGGUGGCUGCACGACCGUUACAGAACCGUUGAUGGCGAGGAUAACUACAUCCACCUCACCGCCAUCCUCGAACACCCCAAUAUCUCCUCGCUGAAGCCCGAAGCCUCUCAGAUCCUCCUUCAGCAAGCACUCCGCGACCACCCCUCCAAGAUGCUAGAGCUCUCGAGCAAUGGCUACCACGUCCGUCGCAAGCCCUCUUCAUACCCUCCCAAAUACCUACCACACAACUCGUUCGAAGUCACCGAUGACGACGGCCUAGCAUUCUGGGACCAGCGCACAAUCUACGUCGAGCCACAUCUACGCAACAUCUGUCCCACGCCAGCAAAGGUCGCAUACUGGCUUGCGGAGCAUGGCGAGUUGCGGCCUAAGUGGCUACCCAUACAAGCAGUUCAUACACUGUGGAACAGCUGCGCUUUCGUUGUCCUUAGCGGAAGUGUGAUGCACGAAGAUGUUUGGCAAAAGUGGAGAGAAGCAGACAAGCCCGAAAAUUGGAAGAUAAUGACCAAGGUUGAGCAUACCAAACGCACCGCUGAAUACGUUGCGUUGCUUAAGGCAGAGAACCCUAGAGGAAUGCGCAAGAAUAUCGUCGACGAGAGCGAACUGCCUCCAAUCGCACGACCAGCAGUGCUUCCGAUGGCGUAUGCAACCAAAGCUCCUGGUGAAAAGACCGCCCAGGUCACAUCGCGAAAACCAGAAGAAGUACCGAUGGAGAUUACUGCGGCUGCAGAAGAACCACCCGUCAAGCACAAGCGGAAGCGACGAAAACCAAAGAAGGCCAACAAACCUGCUGGUGGAGACGACGCCGAUGGAGAUGAUGCUGAAGGUGCCUAUGAUGAGCCGAGUGCAAAACGCAGAGGUUGA